CGGGUCGUCUUGUGCGCAUGUGAUCAUUUGGUAAAUUUGGUAGUUUGGCUUGUCAGUAGCUGAUUUCGAAGUACGCAGAGGAGGUGUUAAAUGAGAGCGGGCGGGACCGUGAUUGGACGCUGCCAAAAUAGUGACAAAGCUUACGAACCAACGCGCGGCUCGAGACUGUAAAUGUGUGACUGUGUCCGACGCGGCAUGCAUGCCUGAUCGGUGGAGAGUAUUCGGAACGACUGCUACAGCACGUUUACAUAUCUGGAAUAUACAUCAGACGAACGAACCAGUUGUUAAACACCGGAGCUUCCCAAGCAUCAAGCAAGUUUAAGUCUGGGAACGUCAUACUUAGUGAGACUUGGUAUGAUGACGCACAGCAGGAGCGGAUCCAUUGACACGCAGACCAAAUUUGACUUCGAGAACACAGACAUGGAUAGGGGAAGUGUGUACAGUGACAGCGAGAGUGAAAGGGACAGUCCGGCUUGCAUCUCAGAGAGUGAGCCCGAACAGGACGGUAACAAGUCGUAUGCUUUAAGCAAGAGCGACGGCAACCUUAGUCAAAAUGAGACAAGACUACAUCGUCCACAUUUGCCAGUGGAACCUCCACGAACUACAUCAUCUUCUUUUCUUAUAAAAGACAUUUUAAGUGACUUGAAUACGAAUGAAAUUGAGCGCGAUUGUCAGAAAACAGCGAGUUCAACACAAAUAACAACAACAACAAAACUGCUAACAGAAGUGAUAACGUCGGGGCCACAAGAAACGCACAAUCACCAUGUAAGCGACAAAUAUGACGAAAUAAACACAACAGCUGUGACGUGCGACCCGAAAAUUACAAGUACCCCAAUUUGCAACAAGAGGCCGGCUCCAGAAGACGAAGACGAAUACGAUGACGAGGAAGAUGAUGUUUGCCACACUGAAGGUAAAGAUAAUGAAAUUAGCUCAAGUCGCGAUAGCCCACUCGCCAGGACCGGUAAGAAGCAGCGGAAAGCUCGCACGGCAUUCACCGAUCACCAACUGAACACUUUAGAACGAAGUUUCGAAAGACAAAAGUAUUUAUCAGUUCAAGACAGAAUGGACUUAGCAGCAUCCCUUAAUCUGACAGACACGCAAGUUAAAACGUGGUAUCAGAACCGAAGGACAAAAUGGAAACGCCAAACACAGGUGGGUCUGGAGCUUUUAGCAGAAGCGGGCAGUUACAAUGCCAUGCACCGAAUGUUUCCAUCGCCGUAUUUCUACCAUCCAAACCAGAGUAUAAUUUCAAAUAUGGACAGUAUAUACAGCCUUCAUGGCGCCCAGAGGCCGAUGUUUCCCAGAGUAUUUCUUCAUGGGCUUCAACAGCACAUUAAUCAACUCCCGGUUGCUCCAAGAGCCAUACAUCCGGGCCAGCCCCUGCCACAUUGAACGGACAGCUUGUUGUCACGUGACCUAGGAACUCUGUACCAAUUCCACGAACAUCUGCAGAACAUAGCUACAAAGUUCAUGUAUAUAUUUUAAUAAUACUGUCAACUUUUUCAUAUUGAUGUUUUAUUUCGUAACAAAACAGUUCUUUUUAUGUAUUUAACAGUUGUGUCGACCAUAGAAUAUAAUGUGCUAUAUAAUGGACGAUAUUUUUGCUAUUAAAUAGUUGCCAUUGACACA